CGGGCAAGGUCAGAAAUCCAAGAUGGCGGCCCGCGGUCUUUUGCGAUCCGUCUGGAGCUCGUUUACGACCUUUAACGGCGGUAUUAGUGGACAUUUAGCUGCGCUGCAAAGGACACCGCAACUGUUGCAUUCAGUCUGUCUAAGGAGAGGAAUCCGGCAAGUCGUGGAAAAGCACGAGGACAGAACGGUGACUAUUGAAGGAAAAAUAUUGGAAACUGCAGCCGCACCUGACCCUCCAAACCCCAGUGCCAAGUGUCCAAUUUAUAGAUGGAACCUGCAGCAUAAAUACAACUACAUGGAUGUGUUGCUACUUAGUCAGUUCAUCAGGUCAGAUGGAGGGAUGCUACCCAAAAGAGUCACAGGUCUUUGUCCUGAGGAGCAUCGCAAAGUUGCCGUGUGUGUGCAAAUGGCUCACAGGGCAGGUUUGCUUCCCAACCACAGACCCAAACUUCCAGAGGGCCACAUUCCAAAGCCCAAACCUCAACUCAACAGAUACCUGACCCGCUGGUCCAUCAAAUCAGUCAAGCCCAUCUACAAACGCGGGCUAAAAUGGUGCAAGAAACGCAUGGCUGUUGGAAGCUCCCUGCUCAAGGAUAACGUGCGAUAUGGCCCCAGGCCCAUUUACACUAAACACUGAAGGAUGCCUGUGUCGCAGCUGCUGGAACUACAGAUUUAAAUCAGGGUGAGGACUCGUCUAGACCAUUUAAUUCAGCCUCCCAUGUAAUUUUGAAAACAAAAAACAAACUCAGAGUUUUUUGCAUCUAAAGUUAGCAUGAUUUGGGAGGAUUGAAAUGUAGGGAAAAAAACGUAAUCAUUUUGAUUGCUGUCUGUUUGCGCCAGGCAAAUGGAUGCAACAACCGUUUAUAUUACAUUCUUAUUUUUAUGAGUGUGACAUCUUCCAUCUACUUUGUUGAUCUUCUUAAAAAAA